AUGACUAGUUCGACGCCGAGUCGCAGUGCUCCUCCUCCGACCUCCUCCGACUCGGAAUCUCAGGUUCCUCUCCUUUUCCUGCUCAGCUCCGCUUUCAGAUUUUUCUUCGUUUUUUCUUAUGCUCCUCCAACCACACAUCAGAUUGCAGUCAUCGCACCUCCUCCACAUGGUACUCCGGCACCGCCCCCGCCGCGUCUAGUUCGUGCACCUUGUGCUUAUAAUUCCCCUCGGCGUCCAGGGGUUCGUUUCGGAGCUCCACAUGACAUUUCGGCGCCUAGAGCUGAUUCUCCCGACUCUUGA